GGUUAUAAUGAAGCACCAUAAUGUAGCUCAAUUCCAUAGAUGAAUGCAUGUUCACGAGUGAUGUGGACUGUAUUACACAGCUCAGUUGAUAUGCUAUUUCCAUAUUAUCCGCAGGCAGUCCGUACUUGAUGAACCUUUUUUUUGUUGUUGUGAUCAAUGCUUCAUGUGUAUGCUUAUUCUGAGGUGCCUAUCAACUUUUAAACUCUUAACCUUUGCAAAAGAACAUACAGAGUUAUACAGCUCAGCUAUAUUUAUACUGUGCACUUUAAUUAUCUUGUGCCAAUAGUCUCACAUUUGAUUUACUCCCUCCGUCCCAAAAUAAGUGUCUCAACUUUACUACAACUUUGCACUAAAGCUAGUACAAAGUUUGAGACACUUAUUUUGGGACGGAGGGAGUACCAUUUAUGCAUCUUGAUGCAUGGAGGCUUACUGUAUAGCUAAGACGAUCAAUAGGAAAUAUUAACCCGAUGGUGGAGCCCUUGAAUAAUUUCUCUUUCUUGUUUUCCCCAUUGGGGAUGAACAGCCAUGCACUUCUUCUAGUUCUGAGUCUGAUGUUUUGAGUAUGAUAUGCUUGGAGAUCCGCAUUGUCAAAAGUUCAAUAUUUGGUAUGCCAGCUUAGGUUCGAACAUGUAGAAACCAAGAUUCUUGUGCUACAUCGAAGGGGGUAAGGUAAAGUUGAAAGCACAUUGUCUUUUAUAUAUGGCAAGGAACAUUUAGGUUCCUCUAUUUAAAGUUUGUAGCUUGUCGUUGCAUUCAUCAUAUCAUUGAUUUCUCGGGGAGAUUUCAUUCGGUGCACCCCUUUCAGUUAAUGUAACUCAAAUCACUUAUCGAUUCGGUGCACACCUUCCGCACAAAUCGGGAAUACAUAUUUCUCCACUUCAUACAUUAGUCUGUUACGCACCGAUGUAUCGGUUCAAUUGGGGAAGCUGCUGCCCAGAACAAUAGCAGCUCACGCUUGCUCCACGACGUUCGAACAAACCUUCUCUAGCCCAUGGCUCUUCAUGCCUUCCUCGCUGCUCCUCUUAGUUUGUUUGAUCUGGCACUAUGUGAAUCACAGUCGUCGACCUGGGGAUCGGUGUCUAUGAGUGCAAAGCUGAGCGUCUGUUCGCUAGCAAUGACCAAAGAGAUUGAGGGCCUAUUUGAUUUGCAGGAUUUUCAAAACAGGGGAAUAGGAAAACACAGGAUUGUAAUGUCAUGUUCAUCUCAAUCCUACAGCAUUUUGGGUUGUUUGAUUGCAUCAUAGGAAAGACAAAUUAUUCUUUCAAAGAGGUUCGAGUGGAUGCUAUAAAUCCUAUGGGUAGUACAAAUAAAUCCUUAGGAGAAAUUCCUAUAGUAUUCAAUCCUAUGAAUCAAACAAACAAUAUAGGAAAAAUUCCUAAGGAUUCUAAUCCUCCAAAAUUCCUAUGAAAAUCCCUUGAAUCAAAGGAGCCCUGAACUGACUGUGGCCCCUUGCUGUAUCCUUCACUCCUGCCUCUAUAAGGGGAGAGGAGGGGGCCAAGCGUGAUGUAAGGAGAUGCGGACGGGCUGAGAUGAGGUUGGGCCUGAAGGUGGGCUGUGUGGGUUGCACCAUGCUCAGUAUCCCUCGUCGAGGUGGAGGGGUUAUGGGCUCUGGGCGAAAGCUUUGGCCGGCGGGGGGGCGGUACCGGUAGUGAAGGCAUCCUAGGCGUUUUUAUCCUCCUUGGAGGCGUUGCUGAAGAGUUCAUCCGGACACCAGAUCACUGUGGCUGGUACUAGGUUCCGGUGGCUAUUGGCGUGGCUGGAUCCCCUCCCACAGGGUUCAGUGGGGUGGUGCUGUGCGGAGCUCUUGGUAAAAGCUUUGUCCCCACGCGAGGUCGGUGAAGUUGACGCUCGCACGCGCCAUUUACUUCUUGGAGGCGUUACCGAAGAGCUUCUUCACUCCUACCUCGGGUCGCUUUGGCCCUUGAUCUAUUGGUUUGUGUUUGGUGGUGGUGCCUAGUUUUGGUUGGGGCUGUUUGUACUUGUUGUUGGGGUUUUCGCUCAGUUUUCCCCUAAUCAACCAUGUUGUUGUGUGGUUUUUGGCCUAGUUUUCCCUAUAAACCGGGCCAACUCUCUUCUUCUUAAUGAAAUAGCAGGAGCACCCUGCCCUCUGACAAGGUUCCGUCAAAAAAAAGUAUCCCACCACAUGAAAUAGACUACAUUUCCCUUUAUGGCGUAGUAAGUGACUCGUUGUAAUCCCCACCAUUUAUCCACAUGAAAUUUGUGUAGUUCUCUAAAGGGGUUGUACCAAAGGAAUCCUUUUUGGGGGAUAUUUUGGUCUUCGGGAAGUGUCUUUAGUGCUUUCCGCAAAUGUAAAAUGCAUAAGCGUCAUUUUAUUAUAAUCUUAAUGAAUAUAGUAUUUCCCUUUGUCUCCUUAUUAUAACUUACUUUUUCCUUUUCUGAAGCAUUAUGCUUUGUGUGAAAGUUGCUAUUCAUUUUGAUCUGUGGCAGGUUGAUGAUAUGAGUGUAUCAUGUUUUGGUUCACAUGACACAAGCCCACGAAGAGGUACCAUGUGGAAGAUGUGCAUCAUAGAUUUUUUCGGGAGAUCCUCUAUCCCCUGUGGGGUACUGGUGGUGUUGUUUUCCUCAACCCUGAUAUAAACUACAGUGACAAGUCAUAUGUCUGCAUGUACGAAAUAAUGCUUGAGCAGUUCAAUGACACGUUGUUUCAAGAGAACUGUUUAGUGAAGGAUAUCAGCGAAGAUGGAAAAUUCAAGUCUCCUGGCUCUCGUUUGAUUCGCUUGUCUGAAAUAGACUCUGCCUCUUCACAAAAAACUCUUCAUCUUGAACGUAUUAAGGUUGGAUUUGCUACUUUCCACAUCAAGCGCACGCUUAUCCUCCGCAUAGAAUUUUCUAUAUGCCUAUGAAUAAAUGAGAAUAGUUAAUAUCGCAUCGUUGGAAAAAAAAUGCUCUUAAGUGCGACUGUCCUUCUGACAGCACUUUGAUAAAGGACACUACCAAACUCUUGUGUGGCCAUCACUGGUAGAAUCCAUCACUCUUACAGAUUAAAGCUAAUGCCUGCUGUAAUAGUUGAUCCUUUGGUAAGGAAAUGCCAUGUCCUGCCUCUUUUGUCUGUCAGGUUGGUCUGAAUUAGAAGUUACCGGGGACUGAUGCCUAGUCCAGAUCGCAGUUUGGAAUGUUACCUUGGAUUUGAAGCUCUUUUGACAUGAUCACAACAGUCGAAAAAGGAUAUCUGGUGCUCCACGUGUAAAAACAAUGUACUCUAUCUUGAGAGGAGGAUGACGUCCAAUUUUAACUAUGACGUAAACUCCGGUAUUCACUUGGUAAAAAAAAUUCUUGUAGAUACUAUCCAAUGCACUACUCGAAGAGAAGCGAUAGAUGCCCCUCAACAGCUGUUGCGCAGGGGGAUCCCCCUCACCUAUGCUGUUCAACAUUGCUGUAGAUGUUUUGCAAGAAUUAAUUCAUAGGGCUAAGAGAGCUGGGUUAAUUAGAGCGGUGUUCCUUGUCUAGUAGAGGGAGGCAUUAAUAUGUUACAAUAUGUUGAUGACACAGUACUUUUAUUAAGAGCUGACAAGGUGUUAAAGAACAUUUUAUGCUUAUUUGAGCAUCUUUCUGGUCUAAAGAUUAAUUUUAAUAAGAGCGAGCUUUUUUGUUUAUGAGAUGCUAGUGAUCACAUUGAAAUAUGUAGAGAAAUUUGUACUUGUGUAGCUUGGUAGCUUACUUGGGCAUCCCUGUGCAUAGUGAUAAGCUUAUGAAUAGUGAUUUGGAAAGAGUGGAUGACAAGAUGGAAGGGAAACUAGGAGCCUGGCAAGGAAGAAUGAUGUCUUAUGGUCCUAAAUUAAUUUUGCUGAAAUCCUGUUUGAGUAGUAUACUUUGUGAUGUCUAUGUUUCGUAUUCCUAAAGAUCCUCUGCAUAGAGUAGAAUAUUUUAUGAAAAGACUUCUAUGGCAGGAUAGUGGUGAAUCUGACAAGUACAAUUUAGUGGAGUGGGAAAAGGCUUGCCAACCUAUUCAUCGGGGUAGGGGGGUCUGGGAGUAGUUGAUCUAGCUGUAAUGAAUAGGUGUCUUUUGAGUAAAUGGUUAUGGAAAAUAGAAAAUGACGAAGGUAUGAGGCAAGAUAUGAUUAGAAGUAAAUAUUGUAAUAAAGAGUCCUAGUCAGCAUUAAGAGAAAACCUACUCAGUCUCAUUUUAUGAGUGGCAUCUUAGACUAGAAAAGAGUAUUAUAAAUUUUGUAGGAAGCGAGUGGGGGAUGGCAAAACUACUAGACUUUUGGGAAGACUCUUGAUUAGGUAAUGUUCCAUUGUGUAGUAAGUUCCAUAGAUUGUAUAAUGCUAAAACCAGUUUUAAUAUUACUGUAGCAAAGGUGAUUGGGGGUUGUUGGGAUAAUGUCAAAUUUAGGAGGAGGUUGCUAGGUGAUUUGGCUGAGCAGCAGGUGCAAUAUAUCUGUGAGGACGUGGUUCUAAGUGAGGAGAGAGAUAAGUGCGUGUGGACGUUAACUACAUGUGGUGAAUUUACCGUUAGAUCGAUGUUCCUGAUGAUCAAAGCUUUGCAAGUUAGAUGUCCUUUUAGAAAAUUAUGGCUUAUUAAAGUACCUCUUAAGAUUACAGUUUUCUUGUGGUUGAUGUUUAAGAAUAGUAUAUUAUUAUUAUUAUUAUUAUUGCGUGGAAAGAAUAGUAUAUUAUUGACUAAAGAUAACUUGCCAAAAAAGAGGUUGGGUAGGAGAUGAGAAGUGUCGUUUUUGUGAGGCCAAAGAAUCUGUGGAUCACCUCUUUAUUCACUGUUCUAUGGCAAAAUAUGAAUGGGAAGCAGUUAGUUGUGCUUUGCUGGUAUCCAUGAAUUUAGACACUGUUAUGACCGGUUUAGCUUAUAACCGGAGGAGGCCCACCGGGCAGUAGUUAGGGGCUUGGCCCACAAGUUAUCUUAGGUUAAUUCUUAUGCAAGUUAUCUAGGUUAUAAAUAUAGGCUGUAAGACUCUUUUUCAGAUUAAGCAAUAAGAAUAUUAUUAUCCUUAUUGCCCGGCUCUCAGAGGAGCCGGAACCCUAGCCGCCUCUAACCCUAGCCGCCGCCGCCAUCUCCCUCCGACGCGACGGUGCCCGGCCGCUGUCGCGCCCGAUCAACGCCGCGUCCCACUCCAUCCUUCCCCUACAACCUCCGGAGCAGGUUCGGUAGGACCCCUGGUUCUACCAAUUUGGUAUCCAGAGACAAGGUUGCGAUCAUGUCGUCAUCAUCCUCCACGCCCAUGCUGCCCGGCGGCACCACCGCCCCGAUGUCCACCGCUCCGCUGGCCAUCGCCCCGAUGACCUCCGCCGGAGUCCCCAUGCUGUCGGAGCAGGUCACGACCGCGUGCUUCCCCACGCCGCCAGCCCCAGUCACUUCCGCGCCGCCACCAGCCGCCGUCUUCACGCCGGAACAGAUGACCAGCACGCUGCAGCAGCUCGUGACGGCCGUCCAAGGGCUCGACAUGAACCAGUACCAGCAGUACAUGGCAGGAGCGUACGACCUCCCGCCGGCUGCGCCGAUCGCCACGUACGGCCACCCUGCGCCGUGGCUGUUCCCGGGCGCACCCGCAUGCGGCGGGCCCUCGCUGUUGCCGUUCCAGACGGGGACCUCCAGCGGGCCACCACCAGCCGCCGCGGGCCUGUGGCAUCUGCCGCCGCCACCAUCGACGGCGCCCCUCUGGCACCUGCAGCCGUUGCCGUCCCCGGCAGUCGCUGCCCCCGUCCAGCCCGCGCUGCUGCCGCUGCAACCAUCGGCGCCGCCCCUGCACAGCUCGGGGGCACCAUCGCUGACCGGCCUCCCGAUCCAUCAAGUCCGGUUCCCGCCCUCUCCGUCGCCACUUCCAGCGUGGGCGGCUGGGUCUUCGCCAUCGCCGGUCUACACCACGGCCCCCGAACAGCCGACUCCGUUCCCGCAGUUCGGUGGGCCAUCCGGUUCCGCCGGUCCCUACCCGGAGUACUCCGACCAGGCGCCACCCGCCUCGCUGCUCCGCACCUGUGAGCCAGCUCGACACGGCGCUCUGACCCAGACACCGUCGCGGUUCGCCAAGAUCGACUUCGCCACCUAUGACGGCACGGAGGACCCCCUCAACUGGCUCAACCAGUGCGACCAGUUCUUUCGCGGGCAGCGCACCCUCGCAUCGGAGCGUACCUGGCUCGCCUCGUACCACCUCCGCGGCGCGGCACAUACCUGGUAUUACGCCCUCAAGCAGGACAAGGGCGCCAUGCCCCCUUGGGAGCGCUUCCGCGAGCUCUGCCUCCUUCGCUUUGGGCCUCCGGUACGCGGGAGCCGACUGGCGGAGCUCGGCCGCCUUCCCUUCACCUCCACGGUGCAGGACUUCGCCGACCGUUUCCAGGCCCUGGCGUGCCAUGCGUCGGGCGUGACGGCGCAGCAGCGGGCCGACCUCUUCUUCGGUGGACUUCCGGAUCACAUCCGCGUGGACGUGGAGCUUAGGGGACCCCAGGAUCUCCAGACGGCCAUGUACUACGCCCGCGCGGUGGCCAUCCAGCAGGAAUCACCGUCCCGGGCCGCUGGGUCGCUACCCUCGCCGGAUUCCGCGCAGGGUCGGCCUGCGCAGGCUUCCGCGGCACCCCUUGCCGUGACCGCGGCACGCCCGUUCCGCCGGCUCACCUCAGCCGAGCUACUCGAGCGUCGCCGCCAAGGGUUGUGCUUCGACUGCGACGAGCCCUACACGCCCGGCCACGCCUGCCCGCGACUCUUCUACCUGGAGGUUGCAGACUACAUUCCGGAGGACGCCGUCGCCGCCGACUUGGCCGCCCCAGCCAUCGAGCAGGUGUUUGACGCUGGUUGAUCACCUCGAGGAUUUACCCACCUUACAGCUCGAGGACGAGCUGUUUGUGCAGGCAUGGAGAAGUGUUAUGACCGGUUUAGCUUAUAACCGGAGGAGGCCCACCGGGCAGUAGUUAGGGGCUUGGCCCACAAGUUAUCUUAGGUUAAUUCUUAUGCAAGUUAUCUAGGUUAUAAAUAUAGGCUGUAAGACUCUUUUUCAGAUUAAGCAAUAAGAAUAGUAUUAUCCCUAUUGCCCGGCUCCCAAAGGAGCUGGAACCUAGCCGCCUCUAACCCUAGCCGCCGCCGCCAUCUCCCUCCGACGCGACAGCGCCCGAUCAACGCCCCGUCCCACUCCAUCCUUCCCCUACAACCUCCGGAGCAGGUCCGGUAGGACCUCUGGUUCUACCAGACACUGUACAAGGUAUUUCUAUGUGGAUCAUAAGAUUUCCUGGUAAGAUGAGAGGACUAAUGGCUGCAAGGUUAGCAGUGGUGAUUAGGGGCUUAGGGCAAUUUGGUAGGUAGGAAUAAUGCAUAUAUGCUUUAGAGGUAUUUAUCCGUAUGAUCCGAGUAGCGUUAUUACUCAAGUUUCUCACUGGUUGGAACACUGGGCUGGU